AUGAAUACAACCACAAUCACACCAACUCGCGGCUGGGUGGAGGAACCAAGAGGACGCGGCUCAUGGAGUAUUCUGUCAACUUGUCUGCUGACCAUUUCCCUAUGCUGCUGGGCCUCCGUGUGCCCAAACAUUCCCGCCAAAUCGGAGGGCACAUGGGCGCGCUUGAGGGAUAAAAUCCACCUCGCGCUGCUUGCAAUCCUCGGGCCGGAGUUCCUCCUCAUGGUGGCGAUGGGACAGUGGUCCUCUGCCAGGAGAUCUGUCAAGGGAUUUCGAAAGUUGUAUGAGACAAAACGGCUCGCAAACAACGACUGGACCAUGACGCACGCGUUCUAUGCAGAUAUGGGCGGCUUUCUCCUCGAUGGGCCUGGGAUAGACGCUCCGUUCCCGAUCGAUGCAAAGCAGCUGCUCUUUCUCGUCGAGCAGGGGUAUUUGGUGUAUCCACGAAUCAGUCGGGAAGAUAUCGGGGACAGGGAUAAAUCGGAUAGAGUGACGAGGGUUUUUACCGUCUGCCAGGGCGUGUGGAUGAUGCUCAACUGUAUACUGCGAGCCACCCAGGGUCUUGCCCUGACCACGCUCGAGCUGACCACCAUAUCCUUCGUUAUCGUCUUCGUAGCGACAUCCUUCUGCUGGUAUCACAAGCCGUCGGAUGUGACGACGACCCGCACACUCAGUCUCUCAACUCACAUCGAUCUGAUAAGAGCCGUGCAUUGCCCUCGCGAUCAAGUCGAGUGGUACACCAACCCUCUCGACUUCCUCCAGCCCAAAUUCUACAUGCUGCAGAUGUUCUGGAUCUACUACAACCAACUGCUGGCGCGACUCCACUGCCCCAUCUUUAGCCGCCGCGUCACGACAAGACCAUACAACCGCAUCCCGAGCGACGAGUUCCGCCAGGCGGGACUUCUCGGCGAAGCGAUCGCCUUCCCGUUUAUCGUCGCCUUUGGCGGGGUCUUCGCCUUUGGGUGGCGUUUCCACUUCCCGUCCGAGGCUGAGCGAAUCCUCUGGCGCAUCGCCGCGAGCUAUACACUGGGCUAUUCGAUACUGGGGUGUUUCUGUAUGAAACUUUGCGAUGACAUUAUCCUUCCGCGAUACAUCAAGAGGAGGGCAAGGCGGACAACAAGGGCGAGAGAUGCCGAAGCGCAGGAAACGUCGUUCAGUCGUCUGGUUUCGAGGGUUAGGUAUCUUGACCCGUCCAAGGAUCCUCGAUUAGAGAUUCCACUGGAGGCGCUUUUCUUGAUUUCGUCGCUUUGCAUUGUGUACUGCGUCUGCCGAGCGUAUAUUCUCGCCGAGGACUUUGUCGGCCUGCGCGAGUUGCCUGCUUCUGCCUUUCGGACUGUGGCGUGGUCGAUCUAUGUGCCGCACUGGUGA